AUGCGUGAGAGCAUCGAUGGAUGUUGUGGUAAAUUCGCCAAUUCGGCACCGGUCGCGCUUAUGUCUUUGUCAAUUGUGCAGCUUCAAGGUCGAAUCGCCGUUACGCUUGUAGAAGAGAGGAUGGCUGCGGUUAUCGAGCGUUUCACCGAAAACAGUCGCCUGAUACUUGAAGAGUGGUUUCGGGGUGAUCUGGAAUACCCGUGGAAAUCCGGCGUUUGUUCGAAAUCUCCCAUCACUUACCGUAUUAGCCAAAGUCAAAAAGGGCAAAAAAUGCACGCCGCUUAUCACGCUGAAUCUCGGGAACUCACAAAAAUCGAGUUGCUUGAAAAGAAGUCAUUCCGACUCGAACAGAACCUGGAAGGGAAGCUAUAUCAUCAGGACCACGAAUGGGUUUUAGACAGCCAUACCGAAAUAUACACAUGCGUAAUCUCAUGGAAGUUUCCGAUGGUAGAUUUCCAGGUGAAUCCCAUGCAUCUCUCCGAUGUCAACGCAGCAUUUGCCAAAAAGGAACGAGACAUGCCGCAGUGGAUAUACUCUGACCUGAAACCGGAUCGACGGAGGUACUGGUGGAUCCAGAACGGCGAUCUUCAGAAACGCCUCUUCGAGGCAAUGCUACCGGUUUUUAUUGCUUAUGAGAGGGAGCAGACGACGGCUGCCUCUUUGAGAGAAGAGUCUUUGAAAGCAGACUCCUCAGUCAACACGCAUGAUCGAGCCGAUCCUUCAGAAUCUAGUGGAGCCUCGACCGGAGCAGGAACCUUGGACGGUCCAAGAGGAUCUCAGGCGUGUUCAGACUUCUAG